AUGAUUUGUUUCUAUAUUGUAGGUGGAAGUAAUAAUAAUAUUGAUCCACGUUUUAUAAGUCAUUUUAGUAUUUUCUAUAUAUCAUCUCCAUCACGUGAAUCACUAUUUCGUAUAUUUUCAACAAUAUUACAAAAUCAUGUAAUAACAUUUUCAAUAGAAAUUCAAGAAAUAAUUCCAAAUAUAAUAAAAUAUACAUUACAAAUCUAUGAAGAUAUUCUUCGAUUAUUUGUUCCAACACCAACAAAAUUUUAUUAUAUAUUUUCAUUACGUGAUCUUAGUCGAAUAAUACAAAGUCUUUUACAAACAACACCUGAAAGAUUUAAUACUAUUGAAAGAUUUUUACGUGUUUGGUUACAUGAAUGCAUUCGAAUAUUUUCUGAUCGUUUUAAUGAUAUUAAAGAUAAUGAAUUAUUUAAUAAAAUUUUACAAAAUAUUAUUGAUAAUAAUUCUUUAUUAAAAUCUCAUCGAAGUUAUUUAUUUCGAAAACCAAUUUUAUUUUCUGAUUAUCGUACAAUAUUACAAAAUGAUGAACCAAAAAUUUAUGAAGAUUUACAAGAUUAUCAUGCUAUAAAAUCAAUAUUUGAUGAAAUUAUUUUAGAAUAUAAAUAUAAAUAUGGAUAUAUUGAUAUUGUUUUAUUUAAUGAUGCACUUGAACAUUUAACACGUAUAUAUCGUGUUUUACGUUUAGAUCGUGGACAUUUAUUACUAAUUGGUACAGGUGGUUCAGGGAAAAAAUUACUUGCUAAAAUUGCUGGAUUUACUGCUAAAUGUCAAAUAUUUGAAAUACAAUUAACAAGAAAUUAUAAUGAAAUAUCAUUUCNUAAUCAACGUUCAGCAAUGAAAACUUAUGUUAAAAAAUUAAAUUCUCAAAUAGAAGAAAUUGUUAUAGAAAUGCGAAAAUUUUUAAAACCAAAUGAAUAUAAUAAAUUUGAAACCGUUCUUACAAUCGAUGUACAUACUCGUGAUACAGCAGAUAUUUUAAUUCGUGAUGGUAUUAAUGAACCUCAUGAUUUUUCAUGGCAAUGUCAAUUACGUUUUUAUUGGUUAUCAAAAGAAGAUAGUUUAUUUUUACAACAAUGUAAUGGAGAAUUUGAUUAUGGUUAUGAAUAUAUGGGUCUUAAUGGUCGUCUUGUUAUUACACCAUUAACUGAUCGAAUUUAUCUAACAGUUACACAAGCUUUGUCAAUGUUUCUUGAUUGUGCACCAGCCGGACCAGCAGGUACUGGAAAAACAGAAUCAAUUAAAGAUCUUGCUAAAGCUAUGGGUCUUCUUUGUGUUGUUACUAAUUGUGUUGAAGGCAUGGAUUAUCAAUCAAUAGGUAAAAAUUUAAAUCGUUUAUGUCAAACAGAUGAUUGGGGUUGUUUUGAUGAAUUCAAUCGUAUUGAAGCAUCUGUUCUCAGUGUAGUUUCUACUCAAGUAAAAAGUAUUCAACAAGCAUUAUCAUUACAUGUUGAACAAUUUUUUUUUUGA